UGGUUGUCGAGGGAGCGCGCGGUGUGACUGCCUGAUGCGUAUUUGGAAGCGAUCAUUCCUUCCCUGUGGAGGAAAAGCGAGUAGACCAGUGGAUUGCACAUGUGAGAGGAUCAAUUUAAUCGAGGAAUGAGUCGUCGCAGUGACCAGUAAGCGACCGAUGCCAGCGAUCAUUGUUCCGAAGGCGAUGAGUCGGUGCGCAGGUGAGCCAACGUGAGGAGAACCGCUCGCACAUGGGAUCCGCAUCGGCUGACUUUAUCCGCAUUUUAACAGGUUGAAAAACGGGCCCUGGGGCGCAACAUGUCGAGAGGCAGCACGCCGGCGGUACGAGGGUCGAACUCGCACAAGGAGAACGGACUGAGCGCGCCCAGGCGCGUCCAGACCGGAGCCAACUUUGCUCAUUCCGAAGACACCCCGCCGGUGUCCUCAGCCAGGGAGAUGACCCACAACUGGAUCCACUUCGCUAAAACCUUUCUGCUCAUUUUCCCCAUUUACGCCUUGGGCUAUUUUGAGUUUAGCUUCAGCUGGCUGUUGAUUGGACUCGGAAUGUUUUUCUGGUGGAGGAGAACCAGCGGUGGGAAGAAGAGCCGCCUGAGCAGAGCACUGGCUCUGUUUGAGCAGCAGGAGGACAGAAGUGUCAAUCAGGGUCUCACCAACUCUGAUCUACCACCAUGGGUCCACUUCCCAGACGUAGAGCGAGUGGAAUGGCUUAACAAGAUCCACGGAGUGUUGAGAGUCGUGAUGGAGCCGUUGCUGGGUGAUAUGCCACUUGUUGGUGCUGUAUCCCUCUUCUUUCUCAAGAAGCCGAUUGUGGAGAUAAACUGGACUGGACUGACCAAUAUACUGGACAUUCCUGGGCUCAACGGCUUGUCUGACAGUCUGAUUCAAGACGUGAUCUACAGUUACCUGGUGUUACCCAAUCGUAUCACCAUCCCACUGGUUGGAGAUGUGGAACUUGCUCAGCUACGUUUCCCAAUGCCAAAGGGCGUGCUGAGGAUUCAUUUCUUGGAGGCUCUUGAUUUGGAAGGAAAAGAUAAAUUUCUUGGAGGCUUGAUCAAGGGCAAGUCUGAUCCUUAUGGUGUGCUGCAGAUUGGAAACCAGCUCUUCCAGAGUAAGACAGUCAAGGAGAAUCUACAGCCCAAGUGGAAUGAAGUUUACGAGGCACUGGUGUACGAGCACUCAGGUCAACAUCUUGAGAUCGAGCUGUUUGACGAGGACCCAGACAAAGAUGACUUUCUGGGGAGCCUGAUGAUUGACAUGGCUGAACUUCACAAAGAGCAGAAGGUUGAUGAGUGGUUUGACCUGGAAGAGGUUUCUACUGGGAAACUCCACCUAAAACUGGAGUGGUUGUCGCUUCUUUCCACUGCUGAGAAGCUAGAUGAGGUACUGCGAAGUGUGCGCGCAGACAGAAGCCUGGCCAAUGACGGUCUCUCUUCAGCGCUGUUGGUGGUCUAUCUCGAUUCAGCAAAUAACCUGCCAAGCAACCUGUCAGAUUUCACCUAUGAUGGGUUGAAGCAAGUCUCAGUAUUUAAGGCCUUGAAGUCCGGCAAGAAGAGCAGCAGUGAGCCAAGCCCGUAUGUCCAGUUCACUGUUGGACACAAAUCAUUGGAGAGUAAGAUCCGGUAUAAAAGCAAUGAGCCCAUGUGGGAAGAAGCAUUUUCAUUCCUUGUUCACAAUCCCAGGAGGCAGGAGCUGGAAGUGGAGGUAAAAGAUGAUAAGCACAAAUGCACCUUGGGGAAUCUGGCAGUGCCUUUGAGUGGCCUUUUGGCGGAGGAGGACAUGACGCUGACUCAGUGCUUUCCGCUCAAGAAUUCUGGACCCAGCUCCACCAUCAAACUGAAGAUGGCCCUGAGGAUCCUGCGUCUGGAGAAGCAGGGUUUAUCUGACCAGCCUUCUUCUGUCCAAGUCCGGAAGGCUGGUGUGAUUCAGCAGACUGCCUCUAAGAGAUUGUCGGCUCCAGAAUCCCUGCUGAUGCCACCCAUUCCUCCACCAGCUAUAGAUGCUUCCAUGCUCACUCUCCAACAACAGGAUGGUGAACCGUACUCAAGGAGCGCCUCCAACCUGAGUACCUGCGUCUCUAGCUCCCAGAAACACCUGCCUCAUAAGGAGUCCACACCCAGCUUGGCCUCUGAUAUCUCCCUUCCCUUUGCCUCUGUGGAGCUUCAUCAAAGGCUGCGUCAGCUGGAAAAUGGCUCAGCCCCCAGCCAGUGUCCCUUGGGUGAGAUUCAACUGACUGUUCGACACAGCUCACAGAGGAACAAACUCAUUGUGGUGGUGCACGCCUGCCGUAAUUUGCUAGCCUUCACCAGAGAUGGCUCAGAUCCUUUCAUCCGCCUCUAUCUACUGCCUGACAAGAGUCGCACCGGGCGAAGGAAGACCAGCACCAUGAAGAGGACUCUUAACCCUGUUUUUGACCAGACGUUUGAGUUUAGUGUCUCUAUGGUGGAGCUCCACAGGAGAACUCUGGACAUAGCUGUAAAGAACAGCGGCGGCAUCCUGUCCAAACACAAAGGGCUCUUAGGAAAGGUGAUUGUAGAUUUGAGUGGGGAAGAAAUCUCAAAAGGGUGGACACAAUGGUAUGUGCUCAGUGAAGACGGUUCAUCAUCACCAGUCAUGAGAAGUAUUGAAGAGCCCUCCCUCACAUAGUGAUAUAUCUAUUUCCUGUAAUAUAGUCGUCUUUUUCAACUGAG